GGCUUUGGGGGCUCUUUGUCUGCUGCUGUGCUGGCAGAUCAUGGAGCUUUUCAGGCUGAGCCUGGGCUGCAUUUGCCUCCUUCCCUGGCUUGAGGUAGCAGAGGGACAAGGCUUCCUCAUAAGGAACACCCGGCUGGAAAAGUGCAUCCGUGCCUCCCAGGAGACCAACAGCAUCAGCCUGGCCAGCUGCAAGGAGCACUCCCAGCAGCAGAGGUGGGGCUGGGACCCUGACACAGGCACCAUCAUCAGCCUGCACACGGGGCGCUGCCUGUCUGCACACAGGAUGCGCCAGAACGCCCUGGUCAAGCUGGAGCCCUGUGGAGACUGGGAACGCCAGGCAUGGUCCUGCAGCAGGAAGGGACACUUGACUCUGCAGAGCUUGGGCUUCCACCUUGGCACCAAGGAGGGAGGCCACAAGGUCUUUGUCUCGAGGGAGAAGGACAAGUUCAGCAGGUGGAAGACGCUGGCAGAUGAAACCGUCUGUGCUGCUGCCCGGACAGCAGCUGGGAGGCCCAGCAAACCAACACAACGAGCUCUAGACACACGAGUGUGGAUCUAUGAAACUAAAACCAUUGAUUCGUCAAAGAUCGAUGCUGUGGACAGAGAGUCUUCUGUGAGCUUGACUGACCCCCCUUUGGCUAACAAGUUCAACAGCACAGUGUCUCCAGAAAAGACCAAACAGGCACAGCUCCCAGCAAACGAGGAUCCAUCCCACAACCACUCCAAGAAACAUGGAAAUCGGGGGAAAAACACUGGGGCCAGGCUUGCAGGCACAAACUGGAAGACAGCCAUGCUGGUCCUCAGCCCCUUGGCUUUCAUACUGGGAUUAAUAAUACUGACACUCAAUGUUCACUACAACAAGAAGAAGAAAAUCCUCUCUGCUCUGAAGAGUUCUCCAGCCCACAGCAGCAGAGUUGAUUUGCGGGAGCCCACCCCGCUGCGGAGAGGGGUCCACCCCCAGCCCUACCUGCCGCCAUCCCGCUCCCCUUCCCUGAGGCACGGAGAGAUCCUCAUCGAGUGGAAAGAUGGGACUGUCACUCCUCUUUUUGACAACAUCAAUUACCAAGUGGACUAGCUCCAGAAUGACAGAGCUUUUGUUCCCUCCCGUGUCACUGUUCCCACCAGGAAAGCUGCCACCACAGCUAUCUCCUCCCUGCCCUCGCUGUUUUGACAGGAAGCACAGUUUGGGGUUUUUUUCUAAACACUUGAGUACAAUCUUCUUGCACAGGACGAGGGCUGAAGCAAGCAGAGUAGAUUGGUUGGUUUGUAUAGGCAUAUGCUGCUUAGCAAUUUCAGAACUGCUUUAACCCACAAGAAACCCCAGGUUUUCCUAAAUGAAGCUGGGAUUUCUUCCAGCUGCAACUGCCCAUGGAAUCAAAAUUAGAGUUACUGAGCAUAUGAAAAAGUGAAUCUUUGAAGACAAGGCAAAAGGUAAAAAAGCAAAAGCCCUGAUGAUCCUUAAAUUCUUUUUAAGAUAAAACUAGCUGCCAAUAGUCACAGAAGGCCAUCAGUUACAUUGUCAGUGUGAGAAUGUAAUUAAUAAGCACUGCCUUCUAUAAAAUCUCUUCCAGAUACCUGCCAAAAUAUUCAUCCCCACUAAGUUGUCAAUUAAGUAACAGCAAGUCAUUUUCUAACUUAAAAGGUAGCACUCCACGGUCCUGUCUGCAUCACUGCAAGAGCCCUGCUGAGACAUCCUGUGUCUCUCAAAACUUUUCCAUAUUUAGGAUGUACUAAACCUUAUUAUAACACACAUCCUCUUUUAUUAUAUAGACUGGCAAGAAAUGUCGGUCAUGCUUGUUGGGGAUAUUGCAUAUAGAGCCACUUUAUUCCAGCUUCAGUCUCUGAUUUCCUAUAAUCAUAUGGAAUAGUCAAUGAAUAGAUACACUGCUCCACCAGAGCAGUAAUACAGUUCUUUUUCUUUUAGAUAGGAGUAAGACAUUGUUUUCAGCCUUUACACUUCUUGUUUGAGCAAAAUUACCUGCGACUA